UGACGUCAAAAUAUGGCGCCUUGAUCAGCUGGGUGUUGUGUAGUGCGUGCUUGAGAUGCCCGUCUUUAGAAAAUCAACCGAGACUGUCGUCUGUCUACUAAGAUACUUUCGCGUGCUUGUAAUGUGGCUAGUUGUGAGAACUGCAUCGAUUUCGUCGACAUACGCAUCGUUCGGUGCAAUGUGUUCUCGAUAGCACCGCCAUUUUGUCGCUUGUUAGUGGAUAAACAAAUGACGAUGUCGUCGUGGGUACUUUGGGUUCGAGGCUAGGUGUUACAGGUAAUUGGGAUGCAUCAAGCAAAUGUACUUCGACAGACAUUAAUCUAAAAAAAAUUAACGUUGGAUAAUGAGACCAUUGAACAGUGAAAUCUGGCAGAACUUCUUUAAAAAAUGAUCAAGGAAGAACUCAACGCGAUAUGCCACCAGAUAGACCAGAUUCCACAGGUAUGGAAAGAGGAAUAGAGUUGAGAUCCAAUCAGAUUUUCAAUUUUCAAGAUGCAACUUAUACAACUAAAGAACGUAAUAAUGCAAAUGCGUUUGUAGAAUCCAAUUCGAGUUACGAUGUUCAAGAAGAAUUACCUAUCAAUGAAAAAUCUAUAGAAAAGAACAAUCAUUCAGACGAUGACUUAACUUCUCUCAGCUGGUUACAUCAACAAAAUUUAUUAAAGGGAUUAGAAAUAUCAAACCCCAGCAAGGAUAUCAAGAACGAAAAUCUUUUGAAUAACAAUGUGUGCGACGAUAUUGCAGACUUCUCUGAAAAUACAAAUUCUGUUUCCAGUUUGGAUGAUAGUUAUUGUUCAGAAAUUAGCAGUAAAAAAAUAAAUUCUACAUCACAAAGCCAUGGACAGCAAAACUAUCAGCACUCGAAUAGGAAUUGCCAGAAGUCCAGUCAAGUGUUUAAUGACUGCAUGAAAGGUCAUUAUGAAACUUCUCCGAGUGAUCAAACAAAGAUAUCAUUGAGCAACAACAAUUUGCCAGUGUCAAAUCGCAACAAGCAUCCUACACAUAUCCCUUACGAUCCUCAUUUACAUAGAAAUAGUAAACCACCAUACUCGUUCUCCUGUUUAAUUUUUAUGGCGAUCGAGGACAGCCCUGUGAAAGCUCUUCCAGUUAAAGAAGUUUAUGCAUGGAUUUUGGAUCACUUUCCAUAUUUUAGGAAUGCACCUACUGGUUGGAAAAAUUCCGUUCGUCAUAAUUUGAGUCUGAACAAAUGUUUUCGUAAGGUAGAAAAAGCUCCAAAUUUAGGUAAGGGCUCAUUAUGGAUGGUAGAUGCUCAAUAUCGUCCAAAUUUGAUACAGGCAUUAUCUCGUGCUCCUUUUCCACCUCCAACCGCACAAAAUCUUUCUACUCCAGAAAAAAGUCAAAGGAAGAAUGCAAGUGCACGUCUUCCGGAUCCUGUCUUAUUCCCAUACCUUUCCAAAAGACUGGCAUCUAGCAAUAUUAGCGAAACUCCUGAAACAGAGGUAGACAGUGACGUGGAUGCUGCAGCCGCGGCUAUGCUUUCCUUUAAACACGGGCCAAUUAUAUUGAAUCACAAUAGAGAUCGCAAGAAAAAAAUAUUGGAAUCUGAAAAAUUAGUUCCUGUAAUCACAAGAAGUUCUAGCGAAGAUCAUACAUAUAGUUGUAUUACUUCCAUCAAAUUGGAAAACAAGUACUCAAACGAGGAGGUCUCUACUGAUUUCGAUGAGCAAAGGAAAAUAGCAGAAGGGGCGGAUGCGCUUCUUAAUUUAGCGGGCGUUAAUACGACACCCAAUAAUAACAAAAUACAUCACGUACAAGCUACGAAUCCUGUAUCAAAAUCAGAGAGCGUGACAAAAUCUAAAAGACGGUUAGUUUCGAACGAUUAUUCGAGCACAGCGGAGAAGAAACGUAAACGCUGGCGAGAGUGGGGCGAAGGAAAUCGGUACCUAAAGCAUAUUAGAGGUUAAUAUGAAAUUUUUCUCAUAUACAUAUAUGUAUCUAUAGUGAUGAGAACUUCCAGCUAGUGCGUGUAUCAGACAGUGUCUAGGGACACGUUUUAUAAAAGUAUUUGGUAAAGAACGUUUCUUGAUUUUUGCGGUAUUAGCUUCGGCGAAAGAAUGAUCUUUAACGUUUUGGUUCUAUAUAUGAAGUCUUUUAUAUUGACUAUUAUAUAGGAGUAUUUAUAGAAAACAAAGAAAAGAAUGUAUAUGCGCACGUAAUUAUCUAUAACGUAUCAGAUAACGUUCAAGAGUGGUAUCGGAAGAAAAAUCUUUGUAAGGUGCAUUUCUAAAGAAUUGGCGAUUGCUCAGGGUUCAGAACUCGCUAUAUGCCAAAUGAAAUUCGGUAGCACUAAGCAGCAAGCAAUAAUAGCAAUGUAGUUGUAAAAGAGUUACUUUCUAAAGAUGUUAUUUUAACAUGGUGUAGAGAGAGAGAGAGAGAGAGAGCGAGAGAGAGCGAGAGCGAGCGAGAGAGAGAGAGAGCGAGAGCGAGAGAGAGAGAGAAGCGUAUAGAGUAAGGUCAAUGAAGAAAAAUGCGAUCGCAUAUUAAGCUAAGAAAAACGAUGAAGUUUUUAGAACUGUUGUGCUGGUUAUACAUAUUAAUUCAUAGAGAGUUUAAUUAUUGAUAAUAGAGCCUUAUACUAGUUUUUUUUCUGUAGAUAUGUAUAGAGAUAUAUAAUAUCUAUUCGAUAGAGAAAUUGAUAAUAUAUUUAAAAAAAAAAAAAAAAAAAAAAAAAAAAGAAAAAAAAAAGAAAAAAAAGAUUAUACACACGUGCGCGAACGCAUAGAGAAAGAGAUGCGUUCGUAGAAACGUAUACAUACACAUCCAUGCUCACGUACUCAUUAAUUACGCUCAACAAGUGCAUCUGUGAAUGUACGCGACUGUAGAUUGGCAGUACGCGCGCUGCCAAUGAGUAAGCAACAAAGAAUAUGAUGUCGAGGUAUACGCUCGGUAUGAAUUUGAGAUAAGGAAAUCUAUCGUUUCACGUCUUUUUCUACUAUCUUCCUGGCUUUUGAGAUGAUUUUAAAGAAUGCUGUAUAUAUGUAGACCCUAUAAUGUAUGCACAGACCAGUUUUGAAAUUCCUUCGAUUACGUGACAUUUUGUAUCCGCACUUUUCCUAUCGAUCUGGAUAGCGAUGGAAGAAUGUGCAAGGAGACAUCCUAUUUUUAUAUAAGAAAAAUUAAAGAAAACGAUAACAAUAAGAAAAAGUCUGCGGAUACCUGUCUUUAAAAAAGAAAAAGAAAAAAAGAGUAUGUAUGUAGUAUGGAUGUGAAUAUCGAAAAAAACUGGUAUUGCAUAUAUUAAUAUGUAGAUCUAUAUAUAGAAAGAACGUAUAUUUUUACAGGGCUCUGCCCGCGUGAUAAAAGCUCUUCCUAAUAACUCGCUAAUACACAGAUCAUUAGCAUAAAUCAUGUAAGAAUUGCGAAUGUUGAAAUUCGUGCGUUGAAACGCAAUGUGUGCGUUGUGAUAGAGCAACACGCUCGAAACCAGGUCAAGCGUUCAUAGGAAUAUCGUAGAAUCUAUACUGAAUUUCUAAUAUUAUCAUUGUAAAUUAAUAAGAAGUUUACGGUAGUAAUAAUUCUACGAUUGACCGAUAAGAAUUAUUGAUAGGACGAUACACAGUGUACGAAUAUGUAAAUUCUUCACGAAGACUUUUCGUAUUGGUUUCGACACGUUGCUCUAUCAUUAUUUUCUUUGCGCGAUAUCGUAGGUAGACAUCAGCUACGGAAGAAAGUCUUGAUUAUAAAUGGUGCAGGGAAGAAUGCCAUGUUUAAGUAGUCGAGAUAACUUUGAUUUUUCAUGCACAUAUAACUUCAAAUUAUUCUACGUGGCACGUACUGUACUAUACGAAAAUUUAUCCGCCGGUGGAUAUUAAGUGCUUCAUUCAAAAUUUAUAUACAUAUAUACAUAUACAAUGUGAUAUGUGUAUAUGCAUAUAUAUGUACUACGUGCGAGAUAAUCUCAUCUAGAUAUUAUGUUUCCACUGUCUGUGAUAACGUUGCAAUACUUAGUACAACUCGUUGUCAUUGCUAUAC